AUUGGUAAAAAGUUUUGAACCAGUCAAAAAUCAGUCAGCGUCAGCUGCAAGCUUUGCGCUGAGCGAAACCAUUGAUUUUACGCAAAUUUCAAGCGUUUGCUUCGCACAUGGUGAAUGAACAACAAAAUGGCAGAUACAAGUGGAGCAAAAGUUCCUACAGUGAUGUGGGCACAGAGGAAUGAUGUCGUAUUUCUCACAAUAUGUGUAGAAGAUUGCCAAAAUCCUACCAUUAAUUUAACAGAACAAAAACUUACAUUCAGUGGUAAAGGUGGAACAAAUAAAGAUUUAUAUGAAAUAUCACUAGAAUUUGAAAAAGAAGUAAAUCCACAGGAAUCAAAAUAUGGGGUUCAGGCAAGAAAUAUAGGUUUUGUGAUAAAGAAGAAAGAACCUGGUCCAUACUGGCCUAGGUUAUUAAAAGGAAUUAAAAAGGCUUUCUGGUUAAAAACAGAUUUUAACAAAUGGAAAGAUGAGGAUGAGUCAGAUGAUGAUAUGGAUAAAAACAUGGACCUAGCUGAGAUGAUGCAAAAUAUGGGUGGUAUGGGAGGCAUGGGUGGUAUGGGUGGCAUGGGUGGUAUGGGUGGACCUGGCGGACCAGGUCUGCCUGAUGACGAGGAGGAAGAUAGCGAUGAUGAAGAUUUGCCAGAUUUAGAAUGAGAGACUUUGUCAUACAGAGAUGUUUUAGAAUGACUGUUUAAGCAGCUAAAUACGAGCAGUGUUCACCGAUGUUUCACAUGUUACCUUCAAAUCUUUGUAGAGUGUACGCUCGAUGCUGAUUUAAAGUGUUAACCACACACUAUGAAUGGUAGCACUGUGAAACACUUUAGUGAUAAAAGACUAUAUGUUUUUGUGUACAAUAUCAUUUUUUCCUCUUUUUAUAUUAUUUCAAUUUUCAUAUCCAGUUUCAUUGAGUGUUUUAAUAAUGUACGCAAUGUGUUGUUUUUCUAUGUUUAGAUUGUCAGAAUUAAUAAAAUCAUGUGAUGAAGUUGAAAAAAAAUCAUUCACUAUAAAAAAUUUAUGUUUAGUUUCUAAAAUUCAUGGGGUUCUACAAAGUGUUACAAUCAGGCUUCAAGUGAACAUAGUACCAUGACAUACAAACUUCAUUUUCAAAUUAAACAGUUUAGAUUACUGGUCUGAAUAACUCUGAUUGUUCUAUGUUACAGUUUCCCACCAGUCUUUAAAAUAAGUGUCAAACAUUUAUGUUUAGUAAGUUAAGAAAUAGCAGAGUUUUUUAAGAGAAUUCCAAAUACAAAAAUUAUCAUUGAGAAAGUAGAUGUUGAUAUUUUUCAUGCCAUUAAUUGAACAUUGAGUGUAUGCAUGAAGUGAUUAUUUUUACUGUAUCAAAGUGUAUGCGUGUGUAAUAAGAGUCGAAAAGUUCUGAUUGUAACAGCAUUACUUUGCAUUAUCAUUUUAAAUGUUGCAUUUAAUUCGCUUCCCUUGUCUGGGCUUCUAUAAGAAAUUAUGUUAUCAGGGAUUGUAAUGCCUAGAGGAUUGCCAUAUUCUGUAGCUAAUUUAAGUAAUCAUAAAAGAAAGUGGAUAGGUUCACAACCCCUACCUAGCAUACUCUCCCUUCCAAAAAAGUGGUAUUUACUGCAACGAACGUUAUUUCGAAAAAGAUAUUCUCUGAGAUUAUUUGUUUAAAAUACAUUAUAACAGUGUAUUUUCUUUCCUAGACAUGUUUAAAUUUCUUCAUAAAAUUUAAAGAUGCCAUUAUCAUUUUACAGAACAUUACAAAGUAAAUUGUAAUUUCACAAAGAGGGUGUACUUAUAUUUAGAACCUUUUUAUUUUAUUUUCUUGAUAAGAGUGGUGACCUGUUUUAGGAAACAUAUUGUGAAAUAAUACCAAAAAUAUGAUAAUAUGAUUGUAAUUGUAUGGGGUUUUUGACUGGUUUUAUAAUAAAAUAUUCUCAUGUUUUUUUUUAAAAGAUACAAACUUUUCUGGCUCUGCUGUGAUAAUAGCAGGAAAUAAAAUGUUAGUGACUGAAA